GGAUGGAGCUCGUUUACCACAUGGGUUGUGUCUGAUCUUUGUAGAGGCAACAGCCUUGGGAAGAUGAGGUCAUUAGGCUGAUCACAAUGGAGCAGGUCUCAUUCUCAUUGCAGAAACCCCACCCCACCACUCUACACAAUUUGUGGAGGUGGGAUAUGUUACUUGAUUUACCCAGGAUCCUAAGCGCACCCUCGGUUCGACUUCUCUAGACUAAUCCAGCUCCCAGUCUGGAGUCUAAGCGUUCACUGCAUUAAUCAGGCUUGCUGGAAUGAUCACAUGGUUUUCUUGCUGCCUCCCCUGUUAGCUGCCGCUUGUCAGCAGCUGGCGGAGCUGGAGGCUGCAGGGCCCCUGUCUGCAGAGAGCCUUUUACUUCAGAAUAUUGGGGGUGUGGAAACCUCACCUCUUUUUUCUGCACUUUGCACCAUCUGACUGACUAAAUGGUUGUCCUCGGUACCAAAAAGGCUGCCAUACAAUCUAAGGAAAUUGCCUCUGACUAGGUCAUGUUUGCAUUUGAAGAAUUCAGUGAACAGAGUAUCUGCCAAGCACGGGCCUCCGUGAUGGUCUACGAUGACACCAGUAAGAAAUGGGUACCAAUCAAGCCUGGCCAGCAGGGAUUCAGCCGGAUCAACAUCUACCACAACACUGCCAGCAACACCUUCAGGGUUGUAGGGGUCAAGCUACAGGAUCAGCAGGUUGUGAUCAAUUAUUCAAUUGUGAAAGGGCUGAAGUACAAUCAGGCAACACCCACCUUCCAUCAGUGGCGAGACGCCCGUCAGGUCUAUGGCUUAAACUUUGCGAGUAAGGAAGAAGCAACCACAUUCUCCAACGCGAUGCUCUUUGCCCUGAACAUCAUGAACUCCCAAGAAGGAGGCCCCUCCACACAGCGUCAGGUGCAGAAUGGCCCCUCUCCUGAGGAGAUGGACAUCCAGAGAAGACAAGUAAUGGAGCAGCAGCACCGCCAGGAGUCUCUGGAGAGAAGAAUCUCGGCCACAGGGCCCAUUCUCCCCCCUGGGCAUCCGUCGUCGGCAGCCAGCGCCACCCUCUCCUGUAGUGGACCCCCACCUCCACCUCCACCUCCAGUUCCACCUCCACCCACAGGGUCUACUCCCCCGCCCCCGCCCCCGCUGCCUGCUGGAGGAGCCCAGGGGACCAACCACGAUGAGAGCUCUGCAUCAGGACUGGCUGCUGCUCUGGCAGGAGCCAAGCUAAGGAGGGUGCAGAGGCCAGAAGAUGCAUCUGGAGGCUCCAGUCCUAGCGGGACUUCAAAGUCCGAUGCCAACCGGGCAAGCAGUGGGGGAGGAGGAGGAGGCCUCAUGGAAGAAAUGAACAAGCUGCUGGCUAAGAGGAGAAAGGCAGCCUCCCAGACAGACAAGCCCGCUGACAGAAAGGAAGAUGAGAACCAAACGGAAGAUCCUAGCACCUCCCCAUCCCCAGGGAGCCGAGCCACCAGCCAGCCACCUAAUUCCUCAGAGGCUGGCCGAAAGCCCUGGGAACGGAGCAACUCGGUGGAGAAACCUGUGUCCUCGUUGCUGUCCAGAACCCCGUCUGUGGCAAAGAGCCCCGAAGCUAAGAGCCCCCUUCAGUCGCAGCCUCACUCUAGGGUGAAGCCUGCUGGGAGUGUGAAUGAUGUGGGCCUGGAUGCCUUAGAUUUGGACCGGAUGAAACAGGAGAUCCUGGAGGAGGUGGUCCGAGAGCUCCACAAGGUGAAGGAGGAGAUCAUUGACGGUGAGUGGGGCCUAAGCUGGGGAGCUCACUGCCCCGCAUCCCUCACCCAGUGUAGCCUGCCAAGACCACAUCUCCCCGGGGCGGCUUCUGUGGCAUCCUUGUGCAGGAGAGGGUGGGCGCAGAAACACCCUAGUUCCUGUCCUUUCCUCUUCACAUCUGUUGUCUGUCUAAUCCUCUUCCUGCCGCUGCUGCCUCUAGAGGGUGCUGAGCUCCCUCACAGCCUGCAUGACCCUGCGUAGGGAGCAGACUGGUGCUCCCUCCUUCCCAGAAGAGCCCUGGCUCUUAAAACCGAGGCUCUGACCUAGUAUCACAUCUGACCCUUUGAGGGCUGACCUAGGCUGGAACAGAGCAGCACAGCCUGCGCCUGUGCCUGUGCCCCCAUCGCUGCCUCACCUCUCACUGCCUCCCAGGCCAGCAGCAGCGACUGAGCUGGAGAGGCCUGUGAAGCCAGGGCAGCUCAUGGCAGGGAGGCUCCCAUAGGGAAGGUGUACACGGAGGUGCUGGGACAAUCUGGAGGCUGGUCACUGUAACAGCUACAACCCUUGGCCACAGAGCACAGUUCCUAUCUGUUCAGUCCCACCAGGGCACAGGUCUGGGAGAGCGUUCAAGACUGUAGGGAAGGAAAUGUCACAGCUGAAGAACAGCUGUCUCACUGCCAGCCAUGGGGCGGAGUGGGGUGUCCCUUUUUGUCACUUGGGGAAAUAGCAGGGUAGGAAACAGCAUAGCCAGGCUAUCUUCAAGAGAGCUGCUUGGGAAGAGACAGAGAGUGGUAAGGUGACCAAUACUGUCCCUCUUCAGGGAGGCAAGAGCACAGACGUCACUGUUGUCCUGUCACUGCUCCAAUCCUGCUAUUGCCAUGUUAGGCCCAUGCCAUGAGGCCUGCAGGAAGCAUGGGAGGGUCCUGGCCCUGCAAGAUCUCAUUAUUUAUUGGUGACCCUUCUCUGACUGUUGGCUGCAGCCAUGUCUGUCCGCUGUGAGGGUAUGAGAGGUCUGUAGAGGAAGGGUGGAGCGUGUGGAGCUAAAGAUGGGAGCCCAGAGAGGGGUGAUUCAGCAGAAGAGAGGCAUUUGGGGAGGCU